AUGGCUGGUUUUAAUAACCAAUCAAUCCACGAAAAUUAUGCGUACAAUAUUCCAUCCCAUCACUUGCAUAGAAUGGACUCUACCUAUACAAACGGUCAUCCGUUAAAUCAAACAAUUAUUAUGGACUCGGGUUACGCGAACAUGGAUCAACCAAUUCGUAUGGACUACAAUGACAUCUAUCCCCGUCAAGAUCCCAGUAAAGCAUUGCAACAACCUUCCGGUCAAGCCUUUUUUCCUCCUGGCACCGGCCAUUUCGACAAUAACAACGUCUACGCGGGUAGAAAUGAACCGACAAAUGCCACACCUUACGGAUACGUUGAAAACCACGAUUUAACCAAUUACAAUUCACUCCCAGUUUAUUAUCCACCCCCUCAAGCAUUAGUCCAAACACCAUCUACAUCGACUCCCCCCAACAACGCUGGCAUGACGACAAACCCCAGGAGCCACGCAAACAUAAUAAUUAUUAUGAAUGCUGAUGUUAACCUGGAAAGAUUAUUGUCCGUUAUUCAAUCAUGUGAGAGGGUGGAACAAAUACACAUGUAA